GCGGGCUGCGACCUGCGACACAUCGCGGGGGGCUCGCACCCUCAUUAGCCCCCCACCAGCGAGGGUAAUUAACCAAUUAACCAAUUUGCAGCGCGGUCUCCGCCCCAUCAGCCCAGGGGGCCGGGCCGUGCCUAUAAGAGCGCGCCGUGGAGCGGCCCCGCUGCUCGUGGGGUUACACCUGAGCUGCUGCUUUGGGCUGUGCCACCCCCCUAGGCUGUACCACCCUCCCACGAGCCAUGUCCAUCCCAGAGGCCACCAACAGCCUGACCUUUUCCGAAGGGGACUUGCCGCUGCCCGUUCUUUGGGGCUGCGAGCUGAGCGCCGCCAGGAGAUCCUACACCUUCCGCGUGCCCGAGGAGUGGCAAUACGAGCACAAGCUGCUGCUGUGCACGGUCUGCCUGGGGGCGAAUGCCCGGGAUGAGUGCCACCUGCUGGAGCUGGUGCCCGAGGACGGUGACAGCCGCGCCCCGGUGUUGCUGGCGACGCUGAAGCCGUCGGUGACGCCCACGGUGUCGCUGUUCGGAAUGGAACUGAGCCCUCCGGUGACCUUCCGCCUGCGGGCCGGCUCCGGGCCCCUCUGUAUCAGCGGCCAGCUCAAGCCCGAGAUGGACCUCAGCUCGGAGGAGGAGGAUGAGGAUGAGGAGGAGGAUGGGGAUGAUGAGGAGGAGAGCCCCGAGAAGCCCCCCAAGGGCUCAGGUGCCCGGAAGGGAGGUGCAGCCAAGGGAAAGAAGCAGGAGAAGGAGAAGCAGAGCAGCCUCGGCACCCACGAUCGCCUUCCCGCCAAGGGACGCGGAGCCGGAAGGAGCAAGAAAGAAGCACCGAAAAAAUGAAAUAAGGGGAAUUCCAUGGGAGCCCGGCCCUGGUGCCGGGAGCAGCAGCUGGUGGCGGUGUCAUUCCCAAUAAAAUCACAUUUUGCA